AUGGUACAAGAGAUAAUACAAUGGACAACAGAAAAAAUGGCUAAAAUGAGAAAAAAAUAUUCAGAACCUGUUGCGUCGUUUCUGGGCCCUACAAAUCUAAUAGAACUAAAGGCGUGGAAAUUGUCACCUUUGCGACUGGAAACUCAAAAGGAGAACCAAGGAUUUGUGUUGCUGUUGUAAAAAACUAUUUUUUAGCAUGCAGCAAAAAAAAAUUGCAGGGAGUGUUUCCAAGAAUAAGAUGAACAAAAUGUAUUAUGUUCUGUAACACUUAUGUUAUAUAAUAAAUGUUUCAUAGACUUUGAAUAACAUUUUUAUUUUGAU